GCUACAGAUCCAGAUUCAGGGCUUUGGGGAGAAAUCAAGUACUCUAUCUACGGAACAGGAGCAGAUUUAUUCCUAAUCCACCCAUCAACAGGUAUAAUUUACACCCAGCCGUGGGCUAUUUUAGAUGCUGAAGUGAACUCAAAGUAUAAUUUCUAUGUGAAAGCAGAGGACACAGAUGGAAAAUACAGCUUGGCUGAGGUGUUUAUCACUGUAUUAGAUGUCAAUGACCACUCUCCAGAGUUCAAUGAAAACAUCCAGGAAAAGACAAUGAUCAUCGGGUCACCAGUGAAGAUAGAGGCUAUAGAUCAAGAUGCAGAAGAACCCAACAACAUUGUGGAUUAUUCCAUCAUGCAAGCAGAUCCAGCCAAUGUGUUUGAUAUAGACCAAAGCACUGGGGAAAUCAAGCUGAAAUCCUAUAUACGUUCCCUAGACAUCAUCCACAACAUCACAAAAAACAAAGACUGCAUAUGGUCAUUGGUGGUACAGGCCAAAGAUCGAGGCUCCCCAUCUUUCAGUACCACAGCAGUUCUCAAGAUUGAUAUCACAGAAGAGACUCUUCACAAAGGGCCUAUGGCCGCCUUUUUGAUGCAAACUAAAGAUAAUCCCAUGAAAGCCUUAGGAGUGCUAGCUGGUGUCAUGGGCAUAAUGGUGCUGAUCACUAUCAUGAUCUCUACUGCCAUGUUCUGGCGCAACAAGCGGUCCAACAAAAUUAUGCCGGUAAGAAGGAUCAUAAAAAAGAGACAGAUCCAACCAUCCCGGACAGUCAGGAUGGAGUGGCUGAAGUUCAAGAGGCCCAGCAGUGCUGCAGAGAAGUUUGUCAUUGAGGAUGAUGCCAAGAGCCUACACAACGAGAACAGCAACAACAACAUCCAGGUUGUCUCUGUGCCACCAGCGGCCCCCAUGCCCCCACCACCCCCCGUCCUGGCUCCCAGGAGCGAUGCCCUGGGGUGGAGGGUGCCAACUGUGUCCGGCUCACUCACUCCCAAGCAUAUAAUUAAGCCACCAAAGAAGAAAAGUCAUAGCAGCACCCACAACGCCCUCGUUUCAGAGCUCAAAAUGAGGUUUGAGAAGAGGAAUGCAGCUAUCGGCGAGCCCCAUAUCUAGGUGCUCUCAGAAGCCCCCAGAGACUGCAGACUGUGGCUGUGCAUGGAUGUAUUUAUGUACUGUGUUCUUUCCCAUGUCUGUCAGCACCCUGUGAACUGAGAGCAGCAUCUCUCUGUGAUAGCCACCCCUCACCUUCUGCAAGUAUCACAUGCUACAGAGUCACCCCACCCAUAGAAGUGCUGCUGUCUAUGCCCAGUCAUGGCUGCAGCUCCUUCAGCCUGUGUCCCACUGUUGGUUCCUCUCUGCAGCUGUCUGAUCAGGGUGCUGACUA